AUGAGGCUAGGUGGCCGUUUCACAAGCUGGAUCGCUGAGGAGUUCGUGAUGAGCUCGGGAACGACCGACGGCUUCGAGACGUACGACUUCGACUACAAAGCCAGCAGUGUCAGGAUUGCCGCGGUCUUCUCCUCCCCCGGGGAGUUCAUUUCCAUCUCGGAGGAACCGACGACUGACGGGUUCGAGUGGAGCUCCGACUCCAACGAGGCCAUCAGCCGGACCUUGUUCUUGUCUCUCGCCGGAUACUUCAUGGCUGAACGGCACGGGCGAGGCGUACACGACCAUCACGCUGGGUUCCAGUCCUUCGACCUGACGGGCUUCGCCGACCAGUACGUCACCUCCAUUGGAAUCGAAAUGAAGGGGACCGGCUCGGGAGCGCCCGGGUUCGCAGUGCUUGACCCCAUGGUACUUGGCGCCAAGAUCGAUAACCCCUCCGACACCUUCUAUGUUGGGUCUACUUUCAUCGAGUUCUGGAGUGGAAACGGAUUGCCGGACUUCGUGGGGACGGGCUCGGGAGACCAAAACGCAAUCAACGGUGCCAUUUGCGCGGUGAAGAAGGGUACUUUCGACGGCGUGGACUGCAUCGACAUGGAUGAAACUGCUACGGGCACGGUGGAUCUGUCCUGGGUGCGUACUUCGUGGACGGCAACGUCUUCAUGCAGUCUGGCGUUCUCCUCCUCGGCGAAUCGAAGACGUGUGGAUCCAAGGGAAUUAAGUUCCCGAGACCGGCACCGACAGCAAUCCCGCCGUAUCUGGCCUAGGAUCGACCUGCCGCUCGGUUGUGAACUCCCAGAUUUUGUCGUGGCUAGACUAACACUGAUGGAGAUGCCAGUUACAGCUUUUUCUGCGUCCCUGCAUUCCCUGCCCAAGGCAAGUCUGUGUCUCGUUCCCUCCGUUCCUCCUCUUCACCGCUCGAUGCCGAACACGUUGCAGAACGUCACUUGUGAGGGCGUCGACAUUCGCUACUGCAGCGGUGACGCCCUGGUCGUGCGCGACUCUACCCUCGUAAGCAUCGACGCCGGCAGAUACGACGAGCAUGAAGGAGUUCCUUCCGUGGACUAUCGGCCUAAGCCGAGGCACCGGUCUGAUAGUCGACACGUCGGACUCCGUCUGAGUUCGCCGGCACACGUUACGCGACAACGUCGUGGCGGGUCUCCACAUCAUGGGCUCGAACAAUUUUACCUUCGAAGCAACCAUCGGCGAGGGCCCGAGGGCGCAGGAAACGUUGGCAGCGUUGACGGACAGCAGCCUAUCGAAGUCAUCGUCGAAUCCUCCAGCCUUGUAAAGUUCCAAGAUAAGCCGGUUCAGUCGGUCAAUGAUCCGGUGAUGACCAUCACCGAUAGCACGACGGUGUCCUUCACCAACGGCGGCUACUCCAAUGUCCCAUCCGGCACGUGCACCAUUCAGGCUGACGACCCCAGCACGGUCACGAUUGACGCCGACGAAGAUGAGCUCGUUCUGGAAGGCACGUGCUACGUCAAGGUGUAA